AGAAGAUUAGCAAUAGCAUUCAUUCACUUCUUUCUCUUUCCUUCCAACACAUUCAACAACAAAAGAUGUCUUCCACGAAGAAGAGGUCAAGGGCUACGCUGGCCACUGUCAAUUUUGACGCUGGCUUACGAUCCUCUUUGGUUCAUUUGCCAAUCGCUCUUUAUGGUCCUUUACUGGAAAGAGGUGUACCUCCUCAAUCAAUCGUUGUUGAAUUGGUACGAUGUGAUCAUCAAGGCGAUGAAGUGGAAAUGCAGGGCAACGUGGAUAAGGUGUAUGUCGGAUGGAGCGGGAUGAGCGCUGCUUUACCAUCCGCUGCAAGUUCAGGUACAUUCUCGGCAUCCUCUUCUCAAGCUACUUCGGUUGUUGCAAUGUCACCUACUUUAGCAACUACAUUCUCUCCUAUACUGACAGAUGGAUCAUUCGUUAAAAUCACUUUGCUUCGAUCACCUCCUCUACCUACAGCAAGUCGUGUGGACGUCGUACCACUUACACCGGAUGAUUGGGAAAUUCUCAGCUUAAAUGCAGAUGAAGUGGAGAAUAAUAUGCUAGGUCAAGUACGUGCUGCACGAACAGGAAUGACGAUCGCCGUUCAUGUUGGUAGACAAGGACGAACAGUUUGCCGCUUUCGUGUAGAAUCAUGCGAUCCUCCUACACAAUCUUACGAUGACGAUGCGGAUUCGACAUUGGCCAGAGCUGUACGUCUUUCGACGGAUACAGAAGUGGUCAUCGCUCCUAGAACUCGAAAAACAGAUCAAGCAACAAAUGAACAGGCUGAAGAGUUGGAUUUUUCGUCUAAUAAAUCGAAUGGAAGUAACCAAUCAGGCAGUAGUACCUCUUCUUUUGCAACUCCUUUGGCCGCUCAACAAUACCUUGCUUGCUCGCCGUUCCGAAUCUUACCCUCACGAUAUGCUAAACGACUGACUUCAUCUCGUCUUGCGCCUGUGGUGCUUCAUCCUGAUGAUGCGCAGAUAUUGUCAAUCGCAUUCGGUCAAGCACUGAAUAACGGACAAGGUCGUUGUUCUAUCACAAAGAUGCCGUGUCCGGCAGCACCUCAAAUCUUUGCUUCUGCUUCUUUAGAUUCUGAAGCUAGCAAUUCUGCAAACCGAUCGUCUACCCUACACAAAUCAUCAAGUCAGUCUACAGAAAACACAGAAGCAACGCAGGAUGGGAACGCAUCAGGAAACGGGGCAGCUCCAUCAGCAACGCCAAGCCGAGCAACAACAAGCAGCUAUUUUGCUUCUGCUAAUCCUGAAGAUGCUGUCGUUGGUAAUGUAUGGCCUAGAAGGCAGGUCAUUGUUUCAGAAGAAGUAAGGAGGAAGCUUGGCUUGCAUGACUUUGACCUCGUUCGAUUUUCAUCCCCAUCUCCGAUCGGCAGUAGUGCUGCAACGACCUCUCGUCCAAGCUCACCAAGCGCUGAGCUGGAAAGAGACGAGCAAACGGUUUUGGCAGGGUACGAUAAAAUAUUGGAUACAUGUACAGAUGCAAUCUCAAAUGCAUUCCGUAUCUGCCGAUGGGAAUCAAUGCGAUCUGCAAUGCAGCCCAACAAAUCCAGCCAACUUUCUACGCUACAUUCCGGUUUGCUUUUAACAGGAAGUCCAGGCUCCGGAAAGACGAGUGUUGCAAAAGUGGUUGCAGAUCGACUAUCGAAUUCGUCUUUAUUGGUUUCUACUAUCUAUAUCGACUGCACCCCUCAUAAUGAAGAACGACUUUCAUCUAUGCGGGCAUUAUUCGAUCAAUGGCUAGCAUCUGCUAUUUGGCAUAGCCCUACACUUUUGAUUCUGGAUAAUCUGGACAGGAUCAUGCCGGCCGAUCAAGAACAUGUCGAUAGUCCAAGAAGUGCACAAAUCGCAGAAGCAUUGAUGCAUCGUAUACGUGAAGUUGCGGCACAAUAUUCAAUCUUUGUUUUGGCAACCGCUCAAUCCAAUUUGAGCAUCAAUAAGGUAUAUGCGAUCCAUCACAUCUUUGGUGAAAACGUGGAAUUGAAAGCGCCAAUGAAAGAAGGUCGUCGUGAUAUCUUGAACUUUUUGGUAGCCAAAAGGAAACAAAUCAUUCCGCAAGAAUUAAACUUCACCACAAUCGCUGGCCAGACGGAAGGGUAUAUGCCGGCGGAUUUGCGCGAUUUGGUGGAAAGAGCUGUUCAUCAGUCUGCUGUGCGAAGUUUGAAGCAAAGGCAACGAAGAGGUGUAGAAGCAGGAUCAUCCAAUGUCCGCUCAUUGAUGAUGGAAGAUUUCGAUGAAGCACAAAAGGGCUUCACACCAUUGUCAUUACGUGAUAUUAAAUUGACACAAUCAGCCACGAGAUGGAGCGAUAUCGGAGGAUUACAAGAGACCAGACGAGUACUACGCGAGACAUUAGAGUGGCCCACAAAGUACGCCAAAGUGUUUGCACAAUGUCCGCUCCGAUUACGAUCUGGAUUGUUAUUGUAUGGCUAUCCAGGAUGUGGUAAAACUCUCUUGGCCGGUGCAGUAGCAAGGGAAUGCGGAUUAAACUUCAUCAGUGUCAAAGGUCCAGAAAUUCUUAACAAGUACAUUGGUGCAAGUGAAAAGAGUGUAAGAGAUCUGUUUGAUCGCGCUCAAGCUGCAAAGCCGUGUGUGUUGUUCUUUGACGAAUUUGACUCUAUCGCGCCUAAACGUGGACAUGAUUCAACCGGUGUUACCGAUCGUGUGGUGAAUCAACUGCUAACCCAAAUGGACGGUGCGGAAGGGUUAUCAGGAGUUUAUGUUCUGGCAGCUACUUCAAGACCUGAUCUGAUCGAUUCAGCUUUGUUGAGACCGGGUCGUUUGGAUAAAUCAUUGUUGUGCGAUUUGCCGAGUGAAGAAGAUCGAUUGGACAUCUUGCAAGUUCUUUGUGGAAGCAAUCGUAUUCGUUUGUCUGAAGAUGUUGAUCUGAAAGCAUGGGCUAAACGUACACAAGGCUUCAGUGGUGCUGAUUUGCAAGCUUUGGUAUAUAAUGCUAAUUUGGAAGCUAUUCAUGAGGGUAUGAAUGCAGCAAAGACUUCCGAUGAGGAGAAGAAAGAGCAAGCUAAUGGAGACAAUAAUGGUUCAGGAAAUGGUUCAAAUGCGAAUAACAUUCGGUUCGUCAAUUUUGGAGGAUCAAAGAAGGGUAAAUCGACUACUUUGAGCGGAGCAGAAAAGCAAGCAUUGCAACGAAGGAUGGAAUUGAUUUUGAACAAUUCACGUCAAAAUGCGAAUGCGAGCGCGAGUGUCGAAGAAGAUUUUACCAAGCAAAACAUCGAUACAGAGAAGAAAAAGGACACUUCCGUUAUGGUAACUGAAGCACAAUUACAACGUUGUUUACGUUCAACACGACAGAGUGUACCAGCAGGGGAAGCCAAGAGAUUACGCAAAAUCUAUCAACAAUUCGUUGGUGAAAGAAGCGGAGAAUUUCCAGACGGAGAAGCGAGUAAUGAAGUGGGAGCUCGACAAUCUUUGAUGUAAUCAUAAUUAGCAAAAGAAUAAUCUAAUCAAGGCCAUGGCCAUAUCCAUCAUGAUAGCUUUAAUCGAUACAGUUCACAAUGCGUGCUCCUUCAUACAUGAAUUCUAUCCGACGCUUUCUCUACAUACACCUUCUUUGAAU